UUCCCUCUCGCUGGCUCCCUCCUUCCGCGCGAGUCUCUGGAGAAGCCGCAGCGCUUGGCGCCGCCGCCGCCGCCCGGGCCCGUCCGCCUUGCGCCAUGGACUGGCAGCCGGACGAGCAGGGCCUACAACAGGUCCUGCAGCUGCUCAAAGACUCGCAGUCGCCCAACACAGCCACCCAGCGCAUCGUGCAGGAUAAACUCAAACAACUCAACCAAUUUCCCGACUUCAACAACUACCUGAUCUUCGUCUUGACCAGACUCAAGUCAGAAGACGAGCCGACCCGCUCUCUCAGUGGUCUCAUCCUAAAGAACAAUGUGAAGGCACACUACCAGAGCUUCCCACCACCCGUGGCUGACUUCAUCAAGCAGGAGUGUCUCAACAACAUUGGCGAUGCCUCCUCACUCAUCCGUGCCACCAUCGGCAUUCUCAUCACCACCAUCGCUUCCAAGGGCGAGCUGCAGAUGUGGCCUGAGCUGCUGCCCCAGCUGUGUAACCUGCUCAAUUCCGAGGACUACAACACUUGUGAGGGAGCUUUUGGAGCUCUGCAGAAGAUCUGUGAAGACUCUUCUGAGCUUUUGGAUAGUGAUGCUCUCAACAGACCCCUAAACAUCAUGAUCCCCAAGUUUCUGCAGUUUUUCAAGCACUGCAGCCCUAAGAUCAGGUCCCAUGCCAUUGCCUGUGUGAACCAGUUCAUCAUGGACCGAGCCCAGGCACUCAUGGACAACAUCGACACCUUUAUCGAGCACCUGUUUGCCCUGGCCGUGGAUGAUGACCCUGAAGUGCGGAAAAAUGUGUGCCGUGCCCUGGUGAUGCUUCUGGAAGUGCGCAUUGACCGCCUCAUCCCCCACAUGCACAGCAUCAUCCAGUACAUGCUGCAGAGGACCCAGGACCACGACGAGAAUGUGGCCCUAGAGGCCUGUGAAUUCUGGCUGACGCUGGCCGAGCAGCCCAUCUGCAAGGAAGUCCUGGCCUCCCACCUGGUCCAGUUGAUCCCCAUCCUGGUAAAUGGGAUGAAGUACUCUGAAAUCGACAUCAUCUUGCUCAAGGGCGACGUAGAGGAGGACGAAGCCGUGCCUGACAGCGAGCAGGACAUUAAGCCACGCUUCCACAAGUCCCGAACGGUGACCUUGCCCCACGAGGCGGAGCGGCCCGACGGGUCCGAGGACGCCGAGGACGACGACGACGACGACGCCCUGUCUGACUGGAAUCUGAGGAAGUGCUCCGCCGCGGCGCUGGACGUCCUCGCCAACGUCUUCCGGGAGGAGCUGCUGCCCCACCUGCUCCCCCUGCUCAAAGGACUCCUGUUCCACCCCGAGUGGGUGGUCAAGGAGUCAGGCAUCCUGGUGCUGGGUGCCAUCGCCGAGGGCUGCAUGCAGGGCAUGGUACCCUACCUGCCUGAGCUGAUCCCGCACCUCAUCCAGUGCCUUUCCGAUAAGAAGGCCUUGGUGCGCUCCAUUGCCUGCUGGACACUGAGCCGCUAUGCCCACUGGGUGGUAAGCCAGCCUCCCGACAUGCACCUCAAGCCUCUGAUGACUGAGCUGCUCAAGCGCAUCUUGGAUGGCAACAAGAGGGUACAGGAGGCGGCCUGCAGUGCCUUUGCCACCCUGGAGGAGGAGGCGUGCACAGAGCUGGUGCCCUACCUCAGCUACAUCCUUGACACUCUGGUUUUCGCCUUUGGCAAGUACCAGCACAAGAACCUGCUCAUCCUCUACGAUGCCAUUGGCACCCUGGCCGACUCGGUGGGCCACCACCUCAAUCAGCCGGAGUAUAUCCAGAAGCUGAUGCCCCCUUUGAUCCAGAAGUGGAACGAGCUCAAGGAUGAAGACAAGGACCUCUUCCCCCUGCUGGAGUGCCUGUCGUCAGUGGCUACAGCCCUGCAGAGUGGCUUCCUGCCCUACUGUGAGCCCGUCUACCAGCGCUGUGUCACCCUAGUGCAGAAGACGCUGGCCCAGGCCAUGAUGUAUACCCAGCACCCCGAGCAGUAUGAGGCCCCUGACAAGGACUUCAUGAUCGUGGCAUUGGACCUACUUAGUGGCUUGGCUGAGGGCCUGGGUGGCCAUGUAGAGCAGCUGGUAGCCCGGAGCAACAUCAUGACACUGCUUUUUCAGUGCAUGCAGGACUCCAUGCCCGAGGUCCGGCAGAGCUCUUUCGCCCUCCUGGGAGACCUCACCAAGGCCUGCUUCAUCCAUGUCAAGCCCUGCAUCGCUGAGUUCAUGCCGAUCCUGGGCACCAACCUGAACCCUGAGUUCAUCUCUGUCUGUAAUAAUGCCACCUGGGCCAUCGGGGAGAUCUGCAUGCAGAUGGGGGCGGAGAUGCAGCCCUAUGUGCAGAUGGUUCUCAACAACCUGGUGGAGAUCAUUAACCGGCCCAACACGCCCAAGACACUGCUGGAAAACACAGGUCGCCUGACGAGUCCCUCUGCCAUUCCAGCCAUCACCAUCGGCCGCCUGGGCUACGUGUGCCCCCAGGAGGUGGCACCCAUGCUGCAGCAGUUCAUCCGGCCUUGGUGCACUUCACUCAGGAACAUCCGGGACAAUGAGGAAAAGGACUCAGCUUUCCGAGGCAUCUGCAUGAUGAUCGGAGUCAAUCCUGGGGGUGUUGUGCAGGACUUCAUUUUCUUCUGCGAUGCUGUGGCCUCAUGGGUGAGCCCAAAGGAUGACCUUCGGGACAUGUUUUAUAAGAUCCUCCAUGGCUUCAAAGAUCAAGUUGGGGGGGAGAACUGGCAACAGUUUUCAGAGCAAUUUCCACCGUUGCUCAAAGAGAGGCUGGCAGCAUUUUACGGGGUCUAGACAAACGGGGAGACCACCAGGUUUCUGUCUUGCGUCAUCGUCGGAGGGAUUGCUGGGGAGCGCAUUGCGUCCAGAAGUCGCUGUGCCCUGGUCGAGGGGGGUUAGGGAGGAGUGAAUGGGACCCAAAUCCAGACGCCUUCCCUGUCUGUCCGUCCGUCCGUCUGUCGGUCCACCUGUCCCAACA